AGGAUAUUCAGAAGACUGCCAGUCUGAGGAAUGCUAUUUUUUAGUGCCAUCAUUAGUUCAGUCCAAUAGCUUAUUUUCCUGUUGGUUAUGUGUGCGAACCUUCAUUCGCACCUUCGAGUAAGCCAUGCUUGUUUGCUGCUUUACAUAAUCGCCCUCACGAUUAUAUAUAUUUUGUGAUACGCCUCCGGAACGUAGAAUGUCAAUGGGUGAAGUCGUUCAUAGUUUACUGCUUGGUUGCUCCGAAUGUUGCUACGAGCGUGAUGGCUGAGGGUGAAGGUAACAGGCAACACCCUCGUAACCUACAGGGGAUCUUGCGAAUGGCUGUGGAGGCAGGCUCUGCCGCUGACGGAACUGCCCCCAGUGAACCCAUGUCAGAGGAGAGAAAAGAGUGGCUGAGGGCCGCCAUGGCGGAGGUGUGCCGGGGACAGAAAGACGAGGUGGAGCAGAUGAAGGAGUGCCUGGCCAUCCUCCGCCGAGAGGAGGCGAAGGGAACGGAAGGGGACGAGGAGGAGGAGGACGAGGAGGAGGAGGAAGACGAGGCGACGGAAGACGCUCUGGAGUUGCUCUCCGAGCUCUGCGAGAACCUGGACAACGCCAGAGAUUUCAUGGUGCUGGGGGGGCUGGACCUGUGCCUGUCCCGAUGCCUGGCGCACCCGCAGGGUGGGGUCCGGUGGAGGGCCGCCCAGCUCCUGGCCUCCUGCGCUCAGAACAUGCCGGAAGUCCAGUGCCACCUGCUGGACCGGGAGGCCCUGACCAGGCUGCUCCGGCUGACCGACGCCGACCCCCAGCCCGCCGUCCGGGUGAAGGCCCUCUACGCCGUGUCCUGCCUGGUGCGCGAGCAGGAAACUGGCCUCAAGCUCUUCCUGUCUCUGGACGGGUUCUCGGUGCUGAUGCGGGGGAUGCAGUCGGACAACGAGAAGCUCCGGACCAAGUCCGCCUUCCUGCUGCUCAACCUGCUGACCGCUCACCCAGAGCACAGAGACACAGUGCUGUCUAUGGGGAUGGUGCAGCAGCUGGUGUCCAUUCUGCGAACUCCCCAUUCCCCCUUCCAUGAGCACGUGCUAGGAACUCUCUGCUGUCUGGUGGACGGGUGCAGCCAGGGGCUGAAGGACUGCCGCAGCCCCGACCUGGGCCUGGAGGAGCUGCUCAAGAGGAAAGCCCAGGAGCUGCAGGGCAAGGAGGAGAGCCAGCUCCAGCACACCGACCGGCCUCACCUUCUUUCUCCCCACACCGCCGCAGGAGGAGCUGGAGUUCUGCGAGCGUCUACUGGCCGCUUGUUUCCGGGGCCAGCGCCACGACGACAACGGAAUGGACCGCUGAAACCCCCCAUUGGUCUUACCCCUGCGUCUGCCUUGCCGUCAUUGGCCCCGGACAAUUCCAAGGAUUUGGAAAUCAUUAAAAACGGCCGUCGGUCAUCAGUCUAUCUCCAUUACGUAGACAGCCGUUUGACCUUACUGACAUCAAUUUAUUCUGAUUGGCUGAAAAUCCUUCUGCGACCUGCCCGGCUUAUGGAUAUUUUAUUCAGGACUGUAUAUUGACCGUAGUUACCUUUCUGAGCUCCUUGAUGAACCCUCCAUUUGCAUUCAGAUGACUCUCUGGAACAUAAUGUGUCAUUUUCAUUUUGCAGUUUUGUAAGGAUGGGGUAAUGCGUUCUCCGAUGGUUCUGGCUUGGAGCGAAAUUUAGAGCAUCAAAUUUUUUUUUGUUUAUUUUUAUUUAUCUGUGGAGAAAGCUGUAAAGAGUGAAGUCCGAAGUCUACGGAAUUAUGACAGUGUUUCGAAUGCGAUUAAUGCUCUGGAUUGCCUCAUCCAAAGUUUGAAAGAAUAAAUGUUUUUAUAAAUGCUUAAA